AUGGAGGCCAGGAACAGCUUAUCUAGGGCCACCCAGGUCUCCGCCGCUGGGCCAGUGGCUUCUUCUGAGGCUGAGUUCCUGGAGACGCCCCGAGAGCUGCUGAAGUGGGCGCGGAGGAAGCAUGGUGGCGUCACCUCCCUGGCCGAGUACCGUGGAGUCAAUACAGUCUACCUGCACCUGGGGGCUGAUGGCACCGCACCGGCCACUUGCAGGUUGCGUAGGCACUUCUUCACAGCGAUGCACUUUGCCUCUGAGCGCCACCGCCAGCCUCUGAAAGUCUGUCUGAAUUCUGACCCUCCCCAAGACCUUGAAGUCCACAUCAUCCUUUCUAAAGGAGCUGCCCCGAGGCCCAACUUGGCCCGCUUGACGGUGGAGCUUCACGCGGCCGGACGGUCCCGCCGCCGGGGGCUGUUCUUGAUACUGAAGAGUGAAGGGCCCGCCCAGUGGAUGGUCCAGGCACAGCACCUCACUGGCCAGCUGCAUGUCCUGGCUUCGCACAAAGUCGUCGUCAGCAGCACAGACGUGGACCUGCCUUUGACCGUGACGCAGCACAUGCCCCCUGGGCUGGCUGACGUCAAGGAUCUUUUGCAGUACGCGGCCGAUCAGAAACUGCCUGCAGUUACGUCCUACACGGAGGCUGAGCGAGUGAACAGGUUUCUCCUCCUCGUUGGGAUGAAUGAGGCUGCUCCUGCUCCUCCCGAGGAUCCUCAGCUGCUCGGGCCCAUGUUUUUGCCUCCCCCCAGACUCAUGGUCAAGACGUGGCACUUCCCAGAGGCCGUCACAGUCGGCUGGGGGAUGAGGCAGGAAGACUUGGGAGAGGAUGGUUCUGCUGUCCAUCCAGUGCCCACUGCCAAAAUAGAGGGAGUGGAAUCGCGCUUGUGCCUGGGGGGACAAAAGCCCCUUCCUGAAAAGAAACCUCCUCAGAGAGUGUCUCCCCCAGAAGCCACCAUGGCCUUCCAGGACCUUCCUUUUCACCAUGGAAAUUUCCUGCUCAGCUUGGAGGUCUACAACUCUGAGGCUUUUGCCAAGCAACCAGGACCCUGUACAGUCGCAGCCAACAGCCGGGUCUUUGUGGAGGCCAGCCUGGCAACCUAUGACCUGUGCCUCGGCUUUACCAUCCAGCAGUGUUUCAUCUCCCCCUCUUCAGACCCUUUGGUGACCUCUCCAUACCUGCUGAUCCAGCAUGGCUGUGCGGCUGACAUCCAUGUCAAUUUGUCCAAGCCUGAGCAGGCAGUCCAGGGCCAGGCCUUGCCUCCAGGAUACCAGGAGCGCCAGCGGCUGAGUUUCUUGCUCCAACCCCGAUCCAACGACUCCAUUCAUUUUUUGCACUGCCGCCUGACACUCUGCAGCAGGGAGCCUCAUGACCCCACCAAACCCAAGGGCCCCGUUCCUAAGUGCCGGGAUGAGAGUGAGGCCUGCAAGGAAGAAGAGGAGCCAGCCAGUGAGCGCUUCCAGCGUAUGGUCACAAAACCCAUAAUUGUGACUAUUGGUUCUCCAGUUAGGGCUGCUACUCCAGGUUUGAAACGAGACAGUCUUCUGGCCAGCCAGCAAGGAAAACUGCUGAAGGAUGCAAGCCACUCACAGAAGACACAGCCAGUCCCAACUACAGCUGAGCCAAGCCUGGAGCUCCCAGCUGUAGUUGGCAUUGCUUUUUCAGCCUUUGUCAUUGGCAUUUCCCUCACUGGUGGGCUUUGGUACAUUCAUUCCCAGACAGGUGAGGCAGCGGCCAGAAAGAGAAGCCAGCCUGCAGCUGAGACAGAUCAUGAAGAAACAGCUGUUCCAAAGCCCCUAGAACUUUCCUCAGCUCUGAAUACAGCUGGUCCUGCACAUGGGUCCUUGCCCUAAGAGGUCUAUCUUGAACAGAGGUACCUGGACUUAGAAAAUUCACGCAAAAAUGAAGUAGAACCUAACAUUUAAAUAAAAUUGCAUGAAGAGCUUAUGGUGUACAGGAAGGAAAAUAUGGAACUGUCUGAUUUUGGUUGCACAUAUUGAUAAACUGAUGGCCUUGGGCAUCUUUGGUGAGAAUGUAGAACCCUGGAGCAUAUGGCUGUUAGAAAAGGAACUGGUCUCUGGAAGGGAUGCAUCAGUGAGUGAACCCGCAGCAUCCUUCUGCCUGUCUAUAGCACAGGAGCUGCCUGAAUUUCUUUGCCUUUGCUUCAAAAGGCUGAGUGGCAGCCAUGGUACACGAGCACAUGCAAGAUCCACUCCAGGUCAUUGUUCCUGGGGUACCGUAUUAGGGAUCUUUUUUCUGGGCAGGUCUCUGGAAAGGAAUAGGACCAUACGUGAGUUUUCAUGCAAGUCCCUUCCAUUUCAGUGGAGCCUGAACAUUCUCAUGGGCUGUAUCUGCUAAGGCUUCUCAGGUCUUUCUCAAAAUUCCAUGCAUGUACCUGAGAUGAAAGCCUAUAGUAAAAUGUACUUUUUAUUUUAAACUGGCCCUUUCCUGGUGUUUCUCUUGUAGGGACAUUCACAAAUGGGGACAAUUCAGGGUAAAGGUAUUCUUAGGGUGACUUUUGAAAAUGUAGCUCUACAGCUUGACAUGGUGCAGCACUUACUUGACAGGUCUCUACUGUAACAAUAGGGAGGAAAUGCAAACAUCUACAGAAACUGAAAGGAGAAUGGAGACGUGCAUAAGCUGGGCCCAUGAUAGGAAGCCUGAGAGACAAAGGAGAAUUGCUCUAUGCUCAUUUGUUUAUCUAUGCUGAUUGUCUGUCUUGUAGGUUCUGGGAGACCAAGCAUCAUCUUCAGUAAACUCUCCUGCCUUCUGCAGUAUCCAAGACACUUAGGCCAACAUCUUCAUAAUUUCUGUCCUUCAUCCAGUGCUGCAGCUGGCUGAAUUGAUAAUUUCUAACAUUGCACAAGCUCACACUCUAACCUUCAGUGUAAAUGAAUAAUUCUGUUGACAAACAA